AUGUCGGAGAAGGAGAUCUGCGGGAUGAUGACAAGAGCCGCGGCGAAACGAAAGGCGAUGGCCACGGAUGAGGAGCGGGAUUGUAAGAAGAGAGUGGUGCUCGGUGAGCUUCCGAACGCUUCCAACGUCACCGUCUUACCCAAUUUCAACAAGAGAAUUCAGAUCUCAAAACCCAAUGAAAGUCUUCCUCCCCCAGCGAAACUGAGAAAGACAGCUCCGGUGGCUGCCGUAGAAUCAGCUCCGGUUGCUUUCGCUGUGGCUGCAGUGGAAUCCGGAUCUGACAUUGAUGCCCAAUCUGAUGAUCCGAAGAUGUGUGGACCUUAUGUCGCCGACAUCUAUGAGUAUCUCCGUGAAAUGGAGGUGAAGCCAAAACUCAGACCAUUACCUGAUUACAUGGAAAAGGUACAGAAAGAUGUCACAGCAACCAUGAGAGGUGUUUUGGUGGAUUGGUUAGUGGAAGUUGCUGAAGAAUACAAACUCGUCUCUGAAACACUUUACCUCACUGUCUCUUACAUCGACCGAUUCUUGUCCUUAAAGACUGUCAACAGGAAGAAGCUUCAGCUUGUUGGAGUUUCUGCAAUGCUUAUUGCUUCGAAGUAUGAAGAGAUAAGUCCUCCUGAUGUGGAAGAUUUCUGUGACAUAACGGAUAAUUCAUUUACGAAGCAAGAUGUGGUAAAGAUGGAAGCAGACAUACUUCUUGCGCUGAAGUUUGAAUUAGGAAGACCUACAAUUCAUUCCUUUAUAAGACGGUUCACAAGAGUUGCUCAGGAAGAGUUCGAAGUGCCACACUUGCAGCUAGAGCCUCUGUGUUGCUACUUGUCAGAGUUGACUAUUUUAGAUUACAAAGCUGUGAAGUUUGUGCCUUCUAUGUUGGCUGCUUCUGCUGUCUUUUUCGCUCGAGUCAUCAUCCGUCCUAAACAACAUCCUUGGAAUCAAAUGUUAGAAGAGUACACAAAGUACAAAGCAGCUGAUCUACAGGAGUGUGUCGGAAUCAUACAUGACUUAUAUCUGAGCAGAAGUGGAGCUUCUCUACAAGCUGUUAGAGACAAAUACAAGCACCACAAGUUCCAGUGCGUUGCAACCAUGCCUGUAUCACCUUCGCUGCCGGAUACUCUUUGGGAGGAUGUUACCAUUUGA